UGAGAUGUACAAAUUCAAUCCAAGUCACUCAUGCAAGCUUCUGUUUCUGUAGGUAUACCGCUGCCUUCUCGCCUUUCCUAUUUGCAGUGGUUUUGUAACAAAAACCAUUUUAAAUGCAUGUGUCAUUUUCUUACUUUGACAAACCAAAGCUAAAAUAAUCUGGAUUGAAUUAAAAUCAAGUAUUUAGUGCUUUGUCUUUAAACACAGCAACCAGAAUGUGGGAUUUGUGUGAUUGGCAGCCUGUUCCUACUUUCUGCUGGCUGCCUGGCUCCCAGGAGAGCAGCGCCAGCAGCAGCGGGGGGUUAACCAGUGGAGGAUGACGGGUGUUCGGGCUUAUUUUUUAAUAACCACUUGUAAAAUCUUUGUGGGAAGUAGAGACUCGGAUUAAGUUAAACCAAGGCUGUGUUGCAGGGAGAAUCUCAUCCCAUGGAAAUGUCUGCAGUUAAAUAGCAUUCCUUCCACAGUAGCGGCACCUUUCCUCCCAGCACUGAAAUGCUGCCACCUCUGAAGUGGAAGAAACCUUCCACUGCAUUGCAUGACAGUUGUGGGGAGGGGGAAUCCGAGCCAACAACCCAGGAACAAACACUCGCUCUUCUGGAAAGUCUCAGGGAAUGUUUGAAUGUUUGCGUGCAGUUUUGUUUUUGAGGUCACGACCCAAAGAGGGGAAGUUUGAGGGGAAGUGGAGUGAAAGGGAGAAACCCUGCCUCUUUUUGCCAUGAUCUUCAAAUUACCCUUAACUUCACCGGGGUCAGAAUUUCACCUAUGUUACAUCUGCAGUGUUACCAACCCCUCCCAUUUUAUUGCAAGUCAUGUGAUAUUUGGUGUUUUUUAAAAAGCCCCAGCUCUAGGAGUCCUGUGAUUAUGGGAGCAUCUCAGCUUUAAAAACAAAACAAAAAAAGUUGCUAGCCCUCUUGAUUGUGGAGGUGACCUGAGUGCACCCUAGCGGCUCAGAAACCAGAGCACUGAACCCAAAAUCUCACCCUGUCUGUGCUGCCCUUUCCAUUGGGAACAGCUGCUUUAGCUAACGCUCGGUAUUUACUGCUCUUCUCUGAAUGACCCUUGUUUUCUCCACUUGCUGCUUUUCCCCCUUCCCUCCACUCCACCCAGGCCGGCUGACCGUGCUGCCCCAGGAAGCGCUAGUCCAGAUUGGAGGAUCCAUUCAGUUGAACUGCUCCUUGGACUGUCCGGAUGGGACGCCCCAGUGGAAGGGGCUGGACACCAACCUGGGGAACAUCAUCUCCACCCCCACCUAUAGCCUCCUGCUCAUCACCAAUGCUACCGUAGCCAUGGAGGGCACGAAGUUCUGCGUGGGGAACUGCCAAGGGAAGUCCCACCAGGGGUCGACCAACCUGCAAGUGUACUCUCUUCCAGAUACAUUGCAGCUGGAAACCCAGCCCAAGGAGCUGGUGGCUGGGCAGCCAGCCCAUCUCCACUGCUCUAUUAGCAAGGUGUACCCACCCGGCUCCUUGACUCUGAGCUGGUAUCGGGGGGACCAGAGAUUGGAGAGCCCAGACGCUGAAGAAGUGGCUGAUGACGAGGAGCUGUUCAGUUAUGACUCUGAGCUGGAGGUCCCAGGGGAGAAGGUGACAGAGGGCAUGGAGUUCAGGUGUGAGGUGGAGCUGCUGCUGCCAUCAGACAGGAGUUUCCACCGGGCCACAGCGGUGACUGUGAGCACAAAAGCUGUAGCAGAACAGCCCACAACUGAGUCAGUCACUGGCCAAGAGAAUCCCAGAACUGAGUCUCCGGCUACUACAGGGAACCCCCCUGCUACUGACCGCAGCCCCACAACUGGGCUUGGGGCUACUACAGGGAACCCCCCUGCUACUGACCGCAGCCCCACAACUGGGCUUGGGGCUACUACAGGGAACCCCACCACAGAACUGACUUCUGCAGAGAGCCCCACCACAGAGUUCAUUGUUACAUCGCACAAGCCCAGUGCCAAAGCCACCUCUGUCCACUGGCUGGUGACCACAGAGACCCUCGCCACCGAGUCCAGGGCUGCCUCACAGCACCCCAGUGCAGACUGGAGCCCCAGCAGUGCCUCGAGUUCUGCUACAGAGAACCCCACCACAGGGGAUGUGGCUAGCACAGAGAACCCUCUGACCAAGAAAGCCACUGGUGACAGGAGCCGCAGAACAGAGUCUGUCUGCAACCUUCAGAUCAGGCCUGUCCCUCCUAAAGGGACCACCGGGGAAGCCCUGAAGAUCAUAUGCGAGGCAGAGUGCGGUGAGAAUGUUACCAUCAGGUGGCUGAAAACCCCUGUGGUGCUCUCUCAGUACCAGGAGGAGGCGUCUGAGGGCAAAUCCACCCUGACUGUUGACCGUGUAGGUCUCGACCACCAAGGGAUCUAUGAGUGCUUUAUGCUGAGCAGGAGACUCCAGGUGGCGAGACUCCACAUCGCUGUGUCUGCUGACAUCUUCAGCACUGACUCCGCCAUCCUGGUCGGGACGGCAAGCUCUCUCCUGGGCCUGAUAGUGACAGCAUUUGCGUCACGUCGCCUGUGGCGACGACUCCACCCACCCGGCGUGAAGAGCUCUAAGGGGAACAGCGUUUAGGUGCCUGUGGCCCCGUCGUGACUCGUUUUGAACAUUCAUCCUCUUUCCACUGACCAGCUUGCCCGUUGUUCUGGAAAGCUUGGUAUUCGAGUCAGCCAGGCCCCUCGGCCUGCACCCGGCCAGAGACGGGAGUGGAGGAGCUGCCCGAUGCUUGGGCCGCUGCUGGGAGAGCUGGGUAAAUGGUCAAGUUGGAAGCUGCCCAGCAGAGCUGAGCAGACCUUUGGGUUGACCAGUCUCUUUCCUUUCCUCCACUUCACUCCUUAGCAUCAUGGUUUCCUCUGGUUUCAAGUGCAGUGGGAGCAUUUUGCUCCGAAGUCCAGGCAGGUGCUGAGACUUGGAUCCUACAGACACACCUGUGGGACUCAGACAAGAGAUGAACAGGUCACAGGUGUCAGGGUACGGCAGUUUCUAAAACAGACCAAUGGAUUUUUCCUUCACAGUAUAUUGAAAACUCUCUCCUUGCUUGAGGCUUCCGGCCGAGGAGAUGCCAGUAAUAUUGCCUGUAGGAUUGGUUUGAAAUCCCUGAUCCUUUCUGGAUUUGCCACGUUUCUUUUCAUGGUUGCUCCUGUUUUUGUUCAAGUAUGUUGGGUAUUUCCAGUGGGGG